AUGGAUAAGGUAUAUAGAUGGGUUCCAUUAGAGAUUCAGGGUGUGGUAUUUUUGACUGAAUUAAUCGAGUUGCCUUUUGGUGAGUUUGAUCUGAUUCUAGGAAUGGAUUGGUUCAUGGAACAUCGAGUCAGUCUAGAUUGUGCCUCUAAGAGGGUUACUCUGAGAACUGAUAAGAAUAGUGAGAUUGUUAUGAUUGGUGAGCCUAGGGAUUACCUCUCCAACGUAAUCUCCGCCAUUGUAGUUGAAAAGCUAGUCAAGAAAAGUUGCGAGGCAUACCUUGCCUUCGUGUCUGAUUCUACUUCUGCAAAGCUUUCUGUAAGGGAUAUUUAUACUGUGAGGGGCUUCCCAGAUGUCUUUUCUGAGAAGUUGCCCAAGGUACCUCUAGAUAGUUACCAUCAGCUCAAGGUUAAGGAGACUAAUAUGUACAAGACCACUUUCAAGACUUGUUAUGGACAUUACGAGUUCUUGGUUAUGCCUUUCAGUUUGACAAACACUCUGGCUACAUUUAUGGAUUUAAUAAACCAGGAGGUUUCUUUUCUGGGGUAUGUGGUGAUUGCAGAAAGGAUUCGAGUUGAUCCUAAGAAAAUUGAAGAUGUAGUCGAGUGGAAACAGUUGAAAAAUUCAAGCUUCGAAAAACUCAAGUCUGUUCUGACACAAGCUCCUGUUUUGGUUCAGCCUAAGCCGGGUUGGGAGUUCAUGGUGUACAAUGAUGCAUCCCACGUCAGUUUGGGAUGUGUCUUGAUGCUGAGUGGCAAGGUGGGAAAUAAAAUGUAUCAGGACCUCCAAGAACUUUAUUGGUGGCCUGGGCUGAAACGAGAAGUGACUACCCUUGUAUCGCACUAUCUGACAUGUCAGAAGGUGAAAGCCAAACAUCAGUUGCCUUCUAGUCUGCUUCAACCAAUUAAGAUUCCUCUGUGGAAGUGGAAGCGAGUAACGAUAGACUUUGUGAGUGGGUUGCCUUUGACACCCACUAAGAAGGACUCAGUUUGGGUUAUCGUUAAUCGGUUGACCAAGUUCACUCAUGUCGUUCCUAUCAAGACAGAUUACUCAUUGCAGAAUCUCACUAAGCUGUAUGUUUCUGAAAUCGUAAGACUGCACAAGGUGUCGGUCUUAAUCAUUGCAGACAGAGAUCCACAUUUUACUUCUCAAUUUUGGAAGAAGCUUCAUAAGGCGCUAGACACUUGA